AUGAGAGUAAACAGUGACUUUAUUGUUGUUAUUAUUGAAAUCAAUAUGACUAAGAAAAUCAACGGAAAUCAAACGGUCGAAGAGACAAUGGGCGAUGCAGUCGGAAUCAAGAUGAGUUUUAGGGCCUUCAAAGAGGAAGAGAAAAGGGUAGGGAGACAACUCACUCUCCCAGGACUGGACCUGACCCAGGACCAGCUAUUCUUUCUCUCCUUUGCUCAGAUGUGGUGUGCCAAAGAGGCACCGGUUCUUGUACGGUUUAUGGUGCUUCGUGACGUUCACCCUCCGGGAAAAUUCAGGUUGAUUGGGCCAUUACAAAAUUCAGAAGACUUUGCCAAAGCCUACAACUGCCCACGUGGCUCUUACAUGAACCCUGACAAGAAAUGCAGCAUGUGGUAG